GCUCCCACCCACUCAUUCUGUGUCCUCGAGAACUUGCCACUUGACCAACCAUGUCAGGAGUGCCUCCGGCUCCAGCCGCUGCUCCAGCAGCCAAACCAGCAAAGAGAAGGUCCACAAAGGCCAAGAAAACUGGACCCACUGUGUCCGACCGUAUUCUUAAGGUGGUGGCUGCAUCUAAAGAACGCGGUGGUGUCUCUCUCGUCGCCCUGAAGAAGGGUCUUGCAACCGGUGGCUAUGAUGUGGUGAAGAACAACGCGCGCAUCAGGCUUGCAGUGAGACGCUUGGUGACCAACGGAAGUCUGCUUCAGAAAAAGGGCACUGGAGCCUCCGGGUCUUUCAAGAUUGGCAAGAAACCAGUGACUAAGAAAAAGACUGUAAAGAAAGCCAAGAAGCCUAAGGCCAAGAAGGCCAAAAGGGCCAAGAAGGCUAAACGGACGACAGCAACUAAAGCAGCAGGCACGCCAAAGAAGCGGAGGAAGAGGAGGUCAAAGAGCCCAAAGAAGGCGAAGAGACCAGCGGCAGCCAAAAAGCCGAAAAGUCCCCGAAAGGCUAAGCGCAGAGUGUCCAAAGGGAAGUCCAAAAGGGCUGCAGCCAAGAAGAAGUAAAUGCAUACAUGGACUCUCUUUACUGACGCAGAGGGUCAUUUAAUUUUUUUUUUUCCAAAGGUGCAAAUGCAUUUUUGCAGACCUUGCUUCAAAUGUACAAUGUUUGGACUUGUUGCUUGCUUUUAUACAUUUUAAAUAUAUGCAUUUUACUAUAUUUGUAAAGUCCACGUGCAAAUUAAUUUGUUGAAGAUUGCUUGUAAAAUAAAACUAUUAAUUUCACAA